AUGAAUGGCGUGUACGCGCUCAUCCCCAUCCUCUGGAUCGAUGGAGUGAUUUGCUUUGUCUUGGAAGAUCCAUCCUUGCGCGACUGCAGUCUCUUUUUAUACCUUUCCCAUUGUCUUGCGCGCCUUUUCUCUUUGGGACUGGAAGUAGACUGCUGGGAUUCCGGAACAGUUGGCCCUAACGGAACUCGCGUCGCGCCUGUGGUUAGCGGAUGGCCGGAUGGUUUUGCGUCGAUUCACAGCUUCCUCGCUCCUUUGUGGACCAUCUGCUCGUUCAACUCGAGUGUGCAUAUCAGUGAAGAAGCCUUUAUUGGGAUGAGUUUUAGGUACCGUUGUUGUCCGCAAAUCGACAAACGUUCGCUUUUAGCCGAGAUGGAGUUACCCCGGUACACCGGCCAGUGCAGUGUGGUGCUGCGUCCAUCUCGAUGGGCGUGCUGGUGUUUGCGGGGGACCAAGCCAUCAAACGGUGCCUUCGGGCUGUCGGUUUCUGCCCUCUAUAUCACCUAUGCCAUCCCCAUCGUUGCCAGACUUGUCGGACCUAGCGAUUUCAAGUCCGGGCCAUUCGACUUGGGGUCUCUCAGCCUCCCAUGCGCGAUUAUCGCUGUGCUGUUCAUGGCAUUCCUGGGAGUGGUCUUCCUUUUCCCAGAGAGACCCACACCAACAGUCGGGGAUAUGGACUGCAACGCUGUUGUCCUGGGUGGGGUGCUGGGGUUGUCCCUGGCUUGGUAUUAUUUCCCCAAAUACGGUGGCAGGCAUGGGUUUACCAAGUGUUUACCGUUGGGCCUGUUCGAACGGUUGAACCUGCGAUGGACGACACUGGGUUGA